AUGCGAGACUUUGCGGUCCAUGAAGCCAUUCUACGAGAGCAUUCGCCCUUUUUCAGGACAGCGCUGGACCAAAAAUGGAGAGAGGGACGUUCGAAGCAUAUUGACUUGCCACGCGAUGAUGGGGAUGUUGUUGGAGCAUAUUUGGACUGGCUGUAUUUCAAGAAAAUCGCUUGCAAGCCCAUCUCCCCUCCAGAACUACCUCUCGAUGACGGAGAAUACCACUUUCUCGCACGGCUAUAUGCUUUCGGCGAAAAGAUCCAGGCGGAUGCUUUCUGUGACGACAUCAUUGACGCGAUGGCCUUCAAGACAGAUGAUGUCGCAGACGAUGGGACGAGAACGUUCCCGAGUCAUACCGCGAUCAUGGCUCUGUACGACGGCACACCAACCAGUUCGCCUGCGAGACGCUUCGUGGUGGAGAUGUACGUAACAUUUGGUGCAGAGCACUGGGUUCCGGACGAGUCCGAGUACAACCAUCCGGAUUUUGUGAUGGAUCUGGUACACGCAUUCUUGAAAAGGAAUCACACCGGGUCGAUACAUCGGCAGCAGAAUUACCUGCGACGGCAUCAAUGGCACAAGCAUGCUCGAAGCCAAGAGCUUUUGCGGCCUGCGAGCUCGACGGAGACGACACUCGCGGAGGAGACGGAAUGA